GAGCUGUGCAGCACACGCUUUACUAGAACUAGACUAUUGGUGAAAACUCGCGGGAAGAACGCCUUCACAGAGCUCCUUCAAGACUUACUGCCUAUCUGAUUUGCUCCAUGCCAAUCACAUAAUUGGAAGACAUGAGCCAACCCCAGGACUGCUGGGCGGUGCUGGGCACCGCGCCCGGCAGGCCCGGCCCCAGGCCUCACCAGGGCUUGCCGUCUUAGGGCCCCGCCCCUCGCAGCGCUAUGUCGCGCAUCGGCCAGGGGCGCGGCCGAGACCGCGGAGCCGGCGAUGACGGACGCAGCAGGCGUGGGAGUGGCGGCUGGCAGGAAUCCAUUGCGCCGCCGCUUGCCCCCGAGGCCGCAGCCCCCAGCCCGCGUGCGCCUCGCAGCGGUGGCAAGCGAGGCCAGGGCCCGCCUCCUCCUGCUGCUGCUGUGAAUCCCGAAAACAAAGAAGAGGGCGGCAGCAGUCACCGCGAAAAACGCUACAGGCGCAGCCCUUCUCUGGAGCCGCUGCAGCCGCCGGGCUCACACCCGCACCCGCAUCCGCAGCUGCAUCCGCACGCGCAGUCUCUGCCGUUAGCCUCAAAGGAAGAGCAGCCGCCGCAAUGGACGCGAAAGCGACAGCGGCUCACAGAGUCGUCACCGCCACCGAUGGAGGACGCUUCGGGGCCAAGUCCGCGACGGGGCCGAGGGCGGGGAAGCCCCAGCCGUGGUCGUGGCCGUGGCCGUGACCGUGACCGUAGCCGCGGCGGCGGCGGCGGCGGCGGCGGCGGCGAACCAGAGCUGUACGGUGACGAGGACGGCGGCGUUCGGGGCAGCGGCAGCCCAAGACGGGGCAGCAGACCCCGUCGCGGCCGCGGCCGCAGCGACGGCCGUGGCGGCGGCGGCCGCGGCGGUGGUGGCGGCGGCAAUGGCGGCGGCUACGAAACAGACUAUGGCGGCGGCGACGCUGCGCGCAGCCGGGGUCGCGGCCGCGGCGGGGGCAGUCCAGGCCGGGGCCAAGGGAGGGGCCGGGGGAGGGGCCGCGAGCAGCAACAGUACCGCCAAUUUAUGGGGAACCUGGGCCGCAUCUUCCUGACUCAGGCCGAGGUGCGGAGCUACUACGGAGCUGCCGUGAGCAGCGCCAUGGCGCGCGAGGUGGAGGAGGCGUUAGUCAUGCUGUACGGAGAGGAGUACGGCAUUGAGGCGUCACCGGGCCAACUGCUGUACGGCUUCCUGGUAAAGGCGCCCAACCGCCAGCUCGGCGUGUUCGUACUCACGCCGCUGGGCAGUGUCAUGCCGCAGACGACGGCGGCGGCGGCGGCGCGGCCGGCGGCGGGGCCGGCGGCGGCGGCUGGGGCGGGCGAUGAUGAUGACCUGGUGGCGGAGUUGCUGGUUCCCAACGGCGGCGGUGGCGUCGGCGGCGGCGCUGGGAUGGAGCGCUGCCUCGUGCCUGUGUCCUCCUUGUGGCCCGUGACGGCCCGGGGGGCGGCCAUGGCGAGGGAGGCGCCGAACCGCACCCUGUGCGACGACGACCUGGCCUACGCCAUCGCGCUCACCGAGGAGUGCGGCCCCAACGCGCUGCUGCUGUCCGCCGACCCCGCCGUCCUGACGGUCACGCGGCUGCUGCUGCGGCGGCUGGUGGACUUGGCGCCGCUGCGGGCGGCGGCGGAGGCACACGACAGGGCCGACCGGAGGCACGAGGAGGUUGCGGCGGCCCUGGCUGCCCGGCAGGCCGAGCUCAGGGACACACUCGUGCGCGACCCCACCACACACCAGCUCCGUUUCGCGACAGCCGCAGACCGGGCCCGGAUCGAGGGCGAGAUAGACAGACUGGAGAAGCAGGAGGAGCGGCUGCUGGCCCUGCGCCGGGACGCUGCCAUGCCGGCGGAGCGGCGGCGGGACAUGGCCAGGCUGGAGCAGGAGGUGGCGCAGGCGCUGGACGCGCUCCGCCAAGAGCUGGGGGCCUCCAGGCAGCGGAGGGAGCGCAUCGAGCGGAGAGCGGCGGCAGCGGCGGCGGCGGCGGCUGCGGCAGGAGGCAUGGCGGCGGCUGGCCGCGACCCCCGGCAGCAGCAGCAGUACCGGCAGCAGCAGCAGCCACUGCAGUACGACUGGCAGCAGCAGCAGCAGCGGCGGCAGUACGACAACUAUGACGGGCGGUACGGCGACGGCGACGGCGACGGCGACAUCGAUGCGGCGCCGUACUCGGAGGAUGCCGACGGCGACGACGACGGCGACGGCGAUGGGUACGAGCGAAACGGGUACGUCAGCGAGGGUUACGGCGGCGGCGGCGAGAAGGAGGGCCGCGGGUACGGCGGCCGCAAUGGCGGCCGCGAUGGUGGCGGCGGCGGCGGCGGUUGCGGUGGCGAUCCGCGACUUGACCAGCGACGCCAGGACAGCAGCGGUUGGCAGCAGGCGCCGCCACAGCAGCAGCCAUUGCCGUACACAGGGCCGCAGCAACCUUUCAUGCAAACCGGCCAACCAUCAGUGUACGGCGGCGGCGGCGGCCAGCCGCAUCCGGCGGCGGCAGUGGCAGCGUCGGCGGCGGCGGGCGGGGGCGUGGAGCUGGCGGGGGGCGGGUACGUGCCAGUGAUGUCGCUUCACCAAGUCACAGGCCCACCGCCGCAGCAGCCACAGCAGCCGCAGCCAUAUGUGACGAUGAUGGGUCCGCCGACCGCUCACGGGCCGCAGCACGCGCCGCACGUGCAGCAGCAGCCACAGCAGGCACAGCAGGCACACACGCACGCCCCGUACAUCCACGUUCCACAGCACAACGCAUAUCCACACCGCCCUCAACCAUACCCGCACCCGCACCCGCAUCCGCACACCGGCCCGCCUCCUCACCCAGCAUACCCUCUGCAGCCGUCGCCCUUCGCCACCGCAGCGGCAGCGGCAUCCGCAGGGGCAGCAGGGGCACCCGCGGCGGCAGGUGCAGGUCGAUGGGCAGGGGCAGGCGGAGGGGCAGCAGCAGGGGCAGCGGCAGCGGUAGCGCCAGCAGCGGCACCGCCGGAGCAGGGUGGGCCGACUGGGCCGGCGCCGCUGCCGGUGCCGCUGCCCCCACACCUGCGGCCUCGCCACUUCUCAGCACUGCAGCUGCGGUAUGUGGAUGUGCGGGUGGCGCUGCUGCGACUGCUGGACGACCGCGGCGCGAUCAACCCCACCACCACCGAGGUGGUGGAGGGGGCGCUGGCGGCGGGCGGGCCGCAGCUGGCGGCCAGGACGGCAGGCAUGGAGGCGGCGGUGGAGGCCGCCGCCGCCGCCCUGCAGGCUGCGGGCGAGCGCCUGCCCUCCGACAUAGACGUCAUCCAGCACUACCUGGCACUGCUGCAGCAGCCGCUACAGCCGCUACAGCCGCUACAGCCGCUUGAGGCUUGGUCGGGGCCGGGGGCGGGGGCGAGGCCGGGGCCGGGGGCGGGGGCGGGGCCAGGCGCGGCGCCAGCGGCAUCAGCACCAGCGGCAGCCGGGCCGGCGUGGCGUGGCGGUUUGGAGAUCCGGGGAACGGACCGUACCGUCACCACGCUCCUCAGCUCUGCUGUACUCUGGGCGUCACCGCUGGAUAGCGCUGCUACUGCCGGCGGCACCGGCGGCAGCAGCGCUGCUACUGCCGGCACGGGCGUGGGCGCGGUGGCGAGCCUGUCCGCGCUGGCAGCGCUGAAGAAGAUUGCCAUCUUUGAGCAGAGCGCCAAACACAACCCGCGCGCUCGUGUGUGCGACAUGGACGCCUACCUGGGCUACGCCUACCGGGUGCCGCAGCUGGGGCUGCUGGAGUUCGAGCAGCGGUCCGAGAUGGACAGGCUUGUGGACUUCGGAACCAAGGUGGGCUGGUUCGCACCCGCCGCCGCCACAGCCGACGCCGCCGCCGCCGCAGCCGUACCGGCGGGUGACACGCCCUCCAGCCCGUCGCACAGCCCGCUCAAGAGCUCCGGCGGCAGCAGCGCGCUUGCCGCCGGGCUGCUGCCGAGCCCCAGCGGCGGCGCGGGCGGCGGCGGCUUCGGCGGCGGCGGCGGCGGCAACAUGCGUGUGGGCGAGUUCUCGGUGCGGGUGCAUGCGCAGAGCGGCGGCGUCCUCGCUGGCUACUCGCUGACCAUGUACCUGCUAGCGGCCUCCAACACAUGGGCGUGCCAGCGCCUGGCGCCCUGCCUGCCCGACCCCCAGCGCAGCCGCUUCCUGGCCGGCGAGGCGCUGCUGGUGCUCGUGUCGCUGGAGCCGCCGGGGCUCAGCAGCAGGGGCAGCGGCAGCUUCGGCGCCGCCGGUGGCGCCGGCGGCGCAAGUGGCGGCGGCGGCGGUGCCGGCGGUACCGGUGUCCCGCUUGUCGGGAGGGGCAGUGGGUCUGUGGCGGCGGCAGCGGCGGUGGCAGCGGGGGCGGCGGCGGCGGCGGGGGCAGGAGCAGGAGUGGCGGGCGCGGAAGCGGACGGGGCGCCGUUGCGGCAUCGGCGACGGAGAAGCAGCAGCGGCACCGCGGCCGCGUCGGCAGCCACUGCAGCUGAGGCUGCCGCAACUGCGGCUGCUGGUUCUACUGUUGCUUUUGCUGCCGCUGCUCCUACUGCUGCUGCUACUGCUGCCGCUGCUACUGCUGCCGCAGCGACGGGGGGUGCCGCUGGUGCUUCUGCCAUCGGCACCGCCGCCGUUGCAGAUGUCGCAGCGGGCACCAGCGGUGCGACGGCGCUCCAAAGCGGCACCCGCGAACAGAGCGGCACCCGUGAACAGAGCGGCACCCGCGAACAGAGCGGCACUGGCGAGCAAAGCGGAACAGGCGAACAAAGCGGCACCGGCGCUGCUGGCGCUGCCAACGGGGCGGGCGGUGCCGGUCCCGGUGCGGGCGACAUAAGCGCGGCUCCUACCGCUGUGUCAGGCGCCGCCGCACCGGCACCCGACUCGGCAGUAGCAGCAGCCAGUGCACCGGCAGUAGCACCAGCAGCCGCAGCCGCAGCAGCAGCAUUGCCUGGGCUGGCAGUAGCAGAAGACGGUGUGUCGGCGUCGUGCGACGGCCCCUGCCGUGACGACGUCAGAGGCGGUGUGGGCGGCGGCUCUGGGGGCGCAAAGGCGGCAGCCGAGGCAGCAGCCGAGGCAGCAGCUCCGGCGGCAAUCCCGCCAUCAGCGAUGGAGGGACAGGUGGCAGUAGCCAUGGCAGUAGCCACGGCAGAGGCCACGGCAGUAGCUCGAGUAAAAGCCACGGCAGGGGCCCACACUGCAGCGCCAGCAGACGCGCCGCUGAAGCACACAGGAGGUGAGGCGGCGGCAGGGACACCCGCCCCAACAGCGGCCUCCAAGGCGGAUGCGGCGGCGGCGGCGGCGGCACCAGAGCACACGGCGGUGCCAGCGGCUGGUGGCGGAGCCAAGCCCGUGUCAGCAGAUGCACAGGCUGUAGCAGCAUCUGGAGCUACUGCUGCUGCUGCUGCUACUGCCAGUGCCACUGCUGCUGCCGCUACAGGCUCGGACGUGGCCCAUGCCGCUCCUCUGCCGCUCAUGGCGCCGCCAACCCCGCAAGCCAUGGACCCUGCCUCACCCACGGCGGCGGCAGCGGCGGCGGCAGCGGCUGUAGCAGGCGGCACGGCGGCGUUCCUAGGCCCAAUGGCGGCUGUAGCAAGCACGGCAGCGGCGCCCCGGGGGCCCACCGCGGCUGUAGCAGCUCUUCUGUCGGGUGCGGUGCCGGUGUUGCGCCAAGAUCAGGAGGGCCUAGAGGCGGCUGAGGCGGCUUCGGCGUUCAGUGCUAGCCCUGCGGAAGCGGCUGCUUCAGCCGUGGCGCCUGCGAAGGCGGCUGGAGCUGAUGCCCUGGCUGCCGUUGCUCCUGCUGGUGCUGGUGCUGGUGCUGGCGCUGGUGCUGGUGCUGGUGCUGGUGCUGAUGCUGAUGCUGGUGCUGCUGCUGGUGCUGGCGCCGCGACCCCGGCGCAAUGCGGCCAUGUUGAAGCAACGGAGCUGCCGGCGGCCCCAGCCGCCGCCCAAGCCGGUAGCUCGGCCGCCGCCCAAGCCGGUAGCUCGGCCGCCGCGGCCCCGGACACAGCAGCACUGGGCGCGGCGGCGUCUCCACGAGCGGGCGCCGCUGCUUGUGCCCUGGCGGAGGCUGCUGUCGGCGACGCAGCAGCGCCCGCGCGAGGCGACGCCGGAGCUGCUGGCGACGCCGCUGUAGGGCCUGCCGCCGCCGCGGGCGACGGCGUCGACCCACAUCUUGCCGACCUGGCUGGGGACUCGGCAGACAUGGACAUUGACACAGAAGCAGGCACGGACGUGGACGCGGACUUGAGCCCCCAGAAGGACUUGAGCCCCCAAAAGGACUUGAGCCCCCAGAAGGACUUGAGCCCCCAGAAGGACUUGAGCCCCCAGAAGGACUUGAGCCCCCAGAAGGACUUGAGCCCCCAGACGGAGUUGGAAUCGGCUUCUGGGCGGGCGGAGCCGACCGCAGGGGCCGCACGAGAUCUGACUCCGGCUCCGGCGUUGGGUCCAGCGGCAGAAGAAGCGGCAACCACGGCAGCUGCGUCGGGUGCGCCACCCCUGCCGCAGUCAGAGCAACCGUCGCAGCAGCCACCCCUGCCGCAGUCACAGCCGUCGCCGCUGCCGCCCCUGCCACAGUCGCAGCAAUCGUCGCAGCAGCCACCCCUGCCGCAGUCAGAGCAGCCGUCGCCGCUGCCGCCCCUGCCGCAGUCGCAACAAGAGUCGUCGCAGCCACCCCUGCCGCAGUCACAGCAGCCGUCGCCGCUGCCGCCCCUGCCACAGUCGCAGCAAUCGUCGCAGCAGCCACCCCUGUCGCAGUCAGAGCAGCCGUCGCCGCUGCCACCCCUGCCGCAGUCACAGCAGCGCUCGCCGCUGCCACCCCUACCGCAGUCGCAACAAGAGUCGCCGCUACCACCCCUGCCGCAACAACAGCAGGCGUCGCCGCAGCCACCCCUGCCGCAGUCGCAACAAGAGUCGUCGCAGCCAUCCCUGCCCCAAGAGCAGCAGUCGCAGCAUGCGCUGCCGCCUCCGCAACAGCACCAACAUCAGCAUCAACAGCUGCAACAGCACCAACAGCAGCAGCAGCCUCAGCAGCAGCAGCAGCAGCAACAGCAGCAACAACAGCAGCCGUACCCCCAGCAGCAAGAGCACAUGCAGGCGUCUCGGCUUCCGCCUCAGUACCAGCCGCAAUACCCACCGCAGCAGCUGCAGAAGCCGCAGCAGCCGCAGCAGCCGCAAUACCCACCGCAGCAGCCGCAGAUGCAUCUGCAGCAGCCGCAGCAGCCGCAUUACCCACCGCAGCAGCCGCAGCACCAACCGCAGCAGCAGCAGCAGCGGCAGCCGCCGUGGCUGUCGGGUGUGGAGUCGAUGCCGCAAGGGUUCCUGCAGCUGGGCUCUGACGGGGUAGACGUGGGCGCUGCGGCGGGGCCGGGCGCGCCAUGGCAGCCACCCCAACAACACCAACAACCCCAGCCCCAACAACCCCAACAACCCCAACAACACCAGCCCCUGCCCCAGUACCAAUCCCAGGCGCAUCCGGCGUGGGGCGCGCCGCCUGCUGGAUACCAUCAGCAGCAGCAGCAGCAGCAGCAGCAGCAACAACAGGGACCGCAGCUCCUGCCCAUGGUGGCCGGCGGGCCGCCGCCGCCUCAGCCGCACGGCCCGCGGGUGCUCCUGCAGCACCCACCACCGGUAGGGCCACCUCAGGGCGCGGUGCUGCUCACGGCCGGCUACUACCCACCACAGCCACAGCUACAGCUACAGCCACAGCUACAACCACAACCAGAGCUACAGCCACAGCCACAGCCACAGCCGCAGCCACAUGCCGACCCGUACGCGGCAUGGCACGCCGCAGCGCCCUACGGCUUUUUCCUGCCACCGCAGCAGUACCAGCACCAGCCGCCGCCGCCCCUGCAGCCGCAGCAACACCCGCCGCCGCAGCCGCCGCCGCAGCAGCAGCCGCUGCAGCAGCAGCAGGUACAGGUGCAAGGCCAGCCGCCGGAGUACAACCCCUGGCCACCGGCCUACUCCUCCUACCCCCCAGGCAGCUCGACGUGCCCGCCCUACGCCGAGCCACCGCCGCAACAACCGCAGCCACAGCCGCAGCAGCUGCAAUACGGAGCAGCCGGCCCGUACGCCCCCACCCCACACCUGCCGUACCAGCCGCCGCCGCAGGCGCCCGCCCACACCGCCGCACCGGCACAGGGCUACGGUGGCGGCGCGCCGUACGGCGGUUACGGCAACGGCUACGGCGGUUACGGUGGCGGGUACGGGAGCUAAGCUUGGUAGCGUUCCCAGGCCGGCACUGGCUGGGCGUCGUGACUAAUGCAGGAUUCGUACGCCUGGUACGUCGGCGUACGGGCGUACGGCGGCGGGCCAGGGCCGCUGUAGCAGCUGGCGGGAGCUGCAGCAGCAUGGCGGGAGCUGCUGCCGCCGCAGCUGGGGGAAGCUGCCGGGCAUUGGCGUCGGAGCUGCGGGCAUGGCAGCUAGGGGAAGCUGCCGGGCAUUUGCGUCGGUGCUGCUGCCGCAGCAGCUGGGGCAGCAGCCAGGCGGCGGCGGCGGCAGCCGCUGGAGUUGCAGGCAUGGCAGCCGGCGGCGGCGGGCAUGGCAGGUAGGGGAGGCUGCGAAACCUCGGCGCCGGAGCCCCGGGCAUGGCAGCCGGCGGCGGCGGGCAGCCCCUGGAGUUGCAGGCAUGGCAGCCAGGCGGCGGCGGCGGCAGCCUCUGGAGCGAGCAUGCGCCCGUGCAGGGCAGGCAGCAGGCGGGCAGCCAGGCUCAUGCAUCAGGGCAAUGCGAUUCCGUGGCAUUAGCGUUGCACGGUAUGUGGCGGCCGCGGCCUGGGGCGAGCACCGGCGCUAGGGGUCCUUGCCUUGCCGAUGCUGCCUUAUGGCGGUCGAUGAACCAGGUUGUGCCGCGUAGCCUGCUGCAUUGCGACAGAGCAGUCCGUCGCAAGCAAAGCAGCAAUAAAAUUGCGCGUGUGCGGCUUGGACGUGGCAGCCACGAUGUGAGCAGAGCGUUUGUACAGUGUGUGAGACUACGAGUUGUGGCAGUAAUGUUCGUGGCUACAUGCCGCAUGCGGCUCUCCUAUGGCUGAGCUUUGGGAAGGCAACACGCCCCGCCGGUAGGCUGCGCAGGCCUACGUUGUCAGGCUAUGACGAAUGCAGACACGGCACGCACGGCUGACCUGCCGAGCAGUGCCAUGUGCGCGUGCUUCGGUAACGCGUUCCUUGCGCCUGCCUAAGGCUCACGUGUUGCAACAUUCAAGCCUAGCGGCGCUAGCUGUGCGGCAGGCGAGCCGGUGAUGCGCAUGGUGUCUAUCGCCGACAGCGCACUUUACUAGUUACUGUACUUGGCUAUAGAACAGGUGAAGAUUGCUUUGCGCGGGCGCUGUAAGGAAGCAAAGUAGACCUCACAACUUGAGGAAGGAAUUCCUGCUGCAAGAGUUGAUGUACAAAAGGACGGCGCAUCUACGUGUGGGCACUGGGGCAAGAUUGGCUAGGGUGCUGACAGGCGGCACAUCACGGUGGUAGGGAUACAGAUUACAAUAGAUAAAGCAAUAGGGUAUGUUUCUCAAGGGUUGUACGUGAUCCUUAAGGGAAGAUAAAUUAAAGAGGCCAUUUACGGCUCGAUUGCGCGUGGCUGGGGGCGGCAUGGGGUGAUGGACAAUGCGCUCGUGCAGGGGUGCAUCACCCCUGCGCUCGUGCGCCAAGUCGUGUCUCCUCGCAGCACGGCUGACAGUGUUAGGAAAUGAACUGUAGUCUUCGGUCGUGUGGGCAGUUAGACAUUCGACUGGGUGCGUAACUAGGACAGGCGCAGGGCAGGCGCUGCGCUCUGGCACAAGCUUGAGGAGGCUGGGGUUUCGUGUCGAUGGUAACGAGGCGUGGAGCGCGAAGUUUGGAGUUCCUGGGCUCUGCGGGGACUAAGCUCGGCUCAGAGUAAAGCUCCGGUCAAGUGGGUAUUAUUAAAGCUCGGGGUUCCGCUGCAAUGCAGCUCUCGAAAGGGCCAUUGUGUCCCAUGGGUCCCAUGCAUUGUCCUAGCUGUAAGCUUUGUCUCCA